AUGGAAAUGGUGCGGCGUGACAGCCUGAAAGGUCGUCGUGGCCGUUUGUCCUCAAAAGCGCGUUGUCAGCUUAAUGAGCACGUCUAUUCUUCCUAUGGGAACACUCACACGUCCGGUGCAGAUCUGCUCCUCACAACUUCUACCGGUGGAGUCUCUAUGGGCCUGCGAAAACCUGGCGCUGAUUUGAUCAAUAUGGAUCGUCGUUAUGUGGAACCGGUUGGAGCAUCCAGUGGUCCACGAAUGAAUUCUUCCUCCUCAGCCUCAUGUACCGUCAGCUCCACUGUGACAUUGUUAUCCAUGUUGACCAAAGCUUAUGACUUGGUGGGGCCAUCUUCAUCAUCUGCAGCAUCCAAAAGCGACGGAGACGCUCACUCGGUGCUUGAUAUGGACCUAGAAAGAAUGGAAGUUUGCCCUAAAUCAGACGAUGCGGAAUUCGCCCUCAGAGGUGUGAACGCUAUUAGUGAUAUAUCAGGCACCCAUACUAAAGUGAAUAACGCCCACAGUUCCGUGGUCACCUCCCUUGCAAUGACACAGUCUUACUUGGAAGGAAGCGCUCACACAAACAGGAGCAGCGGCAGCAGCAGUAGCAGCAACAACCGCAACAACAACAGUGCGCUACCGGGUCUCACUUUGACUGAUAUACGCGAAGAGGUCUAUCCGUCGUGUGUGAAUACCUGGGCAAACAGAGACAAUGGUACAAUGACGACGGCUGUGACCACGCCGAUGAUGAUGAUGAUGAUGGAGUCUAGUCUGAUCCCAGCCCAGCCAACAUCACUUGGUCCAACGCCUGUCUAUCGUCUCGAAAACGGUCAAUUAUUCCGCUACGAAGACCUCUAUCACGCCGGAGUGGGAGGCUGGGCUAGACAAUUGUGGGAAACGGGGAUGCAGAUUCGCACGCUGGUACAAGGUGACUGGAGCGCAGUGGCCGGUCUGGCUGCACUGAUUCUGGUCAAUUACAAAUCGAUCAACUAUGGCCCGAUGAUGCCUGUAUCCAGCCGUGUGGAUUCCACUUAUUUCUCCAGAGUCUUUCAACAGAAGUACCUGAUUCGUUCAAUGACACGAACUCUAUUGCUCCUACCACUGAUGCAAAUGAUUGAGAGCGAACAGUUACGGGACCCUUGGCUAAAGGAAAUUAUCGAUCUCAUGGGAAACUCUGAGUGA